AUGGAGGCGCUGGAGUUGGAGGCGCUGGAGCUGGAGGCGCUGGAGCUGGAGGCGCUGGAGCUGGAGGCGUUGGAGCUGGAGGCGCUUGAGCUGGAGGCGCUGAAGGUACUAGAGCUAGAGGUACUGGAGCUGGAGGUACUGGAGGUACUGGAACUGGUGGUGCUGGAGGUACUGGAGCUAGAGGAGCUGCUAGUGCUGGAGGUGCUGAAGGUUUUCGCUGUACUGGAGCUGACGGUUUUGGUCCUGUGGAUGCUGCGCCGCAGCGACCGCUCUUAG